UUUCCACAAAUUCACGCUCACACGCAUACGCACUAACAAAAGGUUAGUUACUUGUCCAUAUAAUUAUAUACCAAAAUAUAAGUGGAGAACCAUAAUACCAAAAAAGCAAGAUUCUCUAGAGAAAAAAAAAAAAGCAGAGCUAGUUAGAAUGGGGAACAACAUAGGAGGAAAUAAGAAGAAGACAAAGGUGAUGAAGAUUAAUGGCGAAAUCUUGAAACUGAAAACACCAGUAACAACCUUGGACGUAGUAAAAGACUACCCAGGUCAUGUUUUAUUGGAAUCAGAAGCAGUGAAGAAGUUUGGUGUCAGAGCUAAGCCACUGAAACCAGAACAAGAACUGAAGCCAAACAAAAUAUAUUUCCUCGUUGAAUUGCCUUUGUUUCCUAAAGAAGAUAUUAGUAGAGUUCCAAGAAGAGUGAAAUCUGCUGUUCAUAUGAGUGCAAAGGAUCGGCUCGAGUGUCUCAUGUUAACACGAAGAUCGGCUUCUGAUUUGUCGAUUUCGAAGCCGAAUAAUGGACCGAUUCAGUUGAAGAUGAAGCUGCCGAGGAGUUUAGUUCAGAAGAUGGUAGAAGAAAGCAAAGAUGAAACAGAAGUGGCUGAGAAAAUUAUGGAUCUUUGUAUGCCAAAUUCCAGUUAUAGCAGUUAGUUUUUUUGCUUGGUUUGCAGCUCUUUAACUUUUUUCAUUUGGUUUCAAGAAUUGCAUAUAGUUUUACAUUUUUUUUUUAAAUGGAACGAUCUGUUUAUUUGGUGGUAGUGUUGUUAUAUGUAUUGAUUUUCUUGUUCAAUUUUGUUUUAAUCAUCUUUUCUGUGUUGACAAAAGGAUUAUAAAUGUAAAUUAGGAAAAUAAGGUUGUCUUAAUUUGAUGGUUUGGUUGAAAGCUGAGGAUUGAGAUUUUA